AUGGAGAAAUUGAUGAUCGGAAACUGCCCAAAUCCAAUCUGGUUUGUCCUACUCCUCUGUUUUCUCUCAAGUUUGCUUUUCGUCUUAUUUGAUUAUUUGGCUUUAAGUGGUGGGAAGCAAAAUGGGGCCACAUUUAUUCUCAACCACUUUGCAAAUGAUGGAACAUCUACUUCAUCUAACUAUUCUGUACAGAGUUUAAAUAAUCAGCAGACUCAAGAAACUGUGAGCAACACUAAAUUUGUUAAGAAUUUAUAUUCGUGUUCGGGCCGAUAUAUUUAUAUUCAUGAUCUUCCUAGUCAGUUCAACAAAGAGUUGCUCAUGAAUUGCAAUUCUCUUAUGAAAUGGAUCAACAUGUGCCAAUAUUUAUCCGACUUGGGUCUUGGUCCUCUGGUAGACAAAAAUGAAUCAGUUAUAUUGAAAAGGGGUUGGUUUGUCACAAACCAGUUUAUGUUGGAAGUCAUAUUUCACAACAGGAUGAUGCAGUAUCAAUGCUUAACAAAUGACUCAUCGUUGGCUUCUGCAAUUUAUGUACCAUUUUAUGCUGGCCUUGAUGUGGGGCGGUACCUGUGGGGUUUUAACGUCUCAGUGAGAGAUGCUAAUUCUUUAGCUCUGGUUCAGUGGCUUGCAGACAAACCUGAAUGGAAAAGAAUGUGGGGUAGAGAUCACUUCCUAGUUGGAGGAAGGGUUGCUUGGGAUUUCAGAAGACAGACAGAUGAUGAUUCUGAUUGGGGUUCCAAGCUUAUGCUUUUGCCUGAAUCAAAGAACAUGACAUUGUUGUCGAUCGAAUCAAGCAACGCGGACAAUGAUUUUGCAAUACCAUAUCCAACAUACUUCCAUCCUUCAAAAGACAGGCAGAUAAUCAGUUGGCAGAAAAAGAUGAGAAGAACAAAAAGGCAAUACUUGUUCUCUUUUGCUGGUGCCCCACGACCCAAUUUGUCAAAUUCCAUUCGGAGUGAGUUGAUUGAUCAAUGCCACUCUUCACCCACAUGCAAUUUCCUUGGUUGUUAUAAUGGAGCAAAUAAGUGUGAGGACCCAAUAAAUGUGAUGAAGGCAUUUCAAAGCUCAGUUUUUUGCUUACAGCCUCCUGGGGAUUCAUUCACUAGGCGAUCCACUUUUGACUCCAUUGUAGCCGGUUGUAUUCCAGUUUUCUUCCAUAAGGAUUCUGCUUAUUCACAAUACUUGUGGCAUUUACCAAAGAACUAUACAAAGUAUUCUGUGAUGAUACCAUUAAAUGAUGUAAAGGAUAGAAAGGUUUGUGUUAAUGAAACAUUGCUUAGAGUUCCGAAGAAUGAUGUGUUGGCUAUGAGAGAAGAGGUUAUAAAGCUGAUUCCAAGUAUAGUUUAUGGCGAUCCAAGGUCUAGGUUAGAGACCCUUGAAGAUGCAUUUGACAUAGCUGUUAAGGGUGUUCUUGAGAGAGUCGAGACAGCAAGGAGAGAGAUGGAAGAGAGUAAGUUGUUGAAUAAAAAACCUAGUUUUAAAUGAGUGCGUGGCUUUGAAAUUGGAAGCCAGCUAGAUUAGCGUCUUUUGUAGCCUAUAAAUAUCUAUGUAUUUGAUACUGAUUGUUGUUCUAAUUCUAUUUUGAUCGGUCCA